AUGAAGCAGCCGCCCUUCGACAGAACCGACUUCGUCCCAAGUCAUUCGGCCGACCACAUUCUUCCCGCCGACCCCCUUUUCACCCGCCUGCUCACCCUUGCACAUCGCCCCAAUCCCAGGCCGGCGAUACGCGACGUCAAUGCAGGGAUUGAAAGGACAGCCGCCCAGCUGCUGAGUGACGUGCUCGUCCUCCGCCGGGUGUUGAGGGAUUCCCUGACCCACGAAACCGUCCAAGACUUGCAGAAUGGGCGAGAAGUCUAUGUCAGUCUGGUGGCGCCUGGGGGUUACGAGUUUGUUGUGGGUGUGCUGGCCAUCCUGGCCUUGGGUGCUGCUGCUUCGCCCUUCAGCACCGCUCAGCCCGUAAAGGAAGGCUGCUACUAUGUCAGCAAGGCGAGGUCGGUAGCUCUCGUUACGGCCACGCCAGCGCUCCAGCUGGGUGAGGAUGUUGCGAGGGAAAUUCGCAACACCUCAAAUCCCGAUUUCGCCUGUGUGCCCAUCAGAGUGAUCCAACAAGAGACGCCCUUCGCACUGAACGAUAUCAAGAUCUCCUCCAACCGCUACCUCGAUCCCAAUGCCCCGGGCGUGGUCAUCUUCACCUCUGGCACGACAGGGCCACCGAAAGGAGCCGUGCUCAAGCGGGCUGCCAUGGUGGAUGGAUCCAUGUGCUUUGCACAGCAGAUCGGCCUGCAGGAAACGGAUGUCCUUCUUCAUCUCCUCCCCGUCCACCACGCUACUGGGAUCUGGGUGUCAUUCUUCCCCUUUAUCCAGACGGGCGCUUGCAUCGAGUUCAAGUCCGGCAGUUUCGAUCCCGAAUGGACCUGGAAUCGGUGGCGGAAAGGUGGGCUGACGCACUUCACGGGCGUGCCAACCAUCUACAUGCGAAUGAUGCGAUACUACCUCGAGCACGCCACGAAACUUCCCCCAGAAGAGGCAGCAACUUACAAAGCCGCGGCCGCAGCGUUCAAAGUGUGUCUGUGUGGCACCUCGGCCUUACCCAAGCCAAUCAAUGACUUCUGGACAAAUCUCAUGAAUGGGAGACGGAUUGUCCAGCGGUACGGAUCAACCGAGUUGGGCGUCGUCUUCAACAUGCCCGCAGACCCCAGCGAGGACAUCCCGGACGGCUCCGUAGGAGAACUGACCUAUGGCGUGGACGUGAAGCUUUCAGAGGGCGACGAAGGCGAAGUUCUCGCCAAGUCCUUUACCAUGUUCUCGAAAUACCUGCACGAUCCAGAAGCCACUGCCAACGCGCACGAUGCUGACGGCUACUUCAAAUCCGGCGACGUGGCGCGAAGGGAAGGCAAGUACUACUUUAUCGUCGGUCGUGCCUCUGUCGACAUUAUCAAAUCCGGUGGGUACAAGAUCUCGGCGUUGGACAUCGAGCGAGAACUGUUGGCUCUGCCGUAUAUCGGAGAGGCGAUGGUGGUAGGUGUUCCCGACAUGGAAUUCGGGCAGCGAGUUGGUGCCGUCGUGUCCCUCCGCAACGACGAGGUCGCCCAAGAUUUUUACAAGAAGAACAAUCGAGAUCCGCUGAGGUUGAGCUUGGACGACCUGCGGACCGACGUGCGAAGUCGUCUCGCCGGGUACAAAAUGCCCACACUUCUAAGAAUCAUCGAGGGUGAGUUGCCCAAGAGUGGCACAGGGAAGGUUGUCAAGAAGACUCUUGGGCCGCAGUACUUCCCAACAAACUACAUAGAAGACAAGGACGUGCAGAUUUGGUCGAGGAAAGCCACCGCAAGAGACUCCAAGUUAUGA